AUGAUCUCACCUACGCGAACGGAAACUCUUGUAGAUUGGAGGAAUUUCAUCAGGGAAAUACUUGCAGCUGCUUUGGACGCCGCACCUCCGAUGGGGGGACCAGGAGAAGUUGUCCAAAUUGACGAAAGCUGUUUCCGCGGUCGACGAAAGAACAACAAAGGUUGCCUGAUGGCGGGGAACAACUUCCCGCCCGCCCGAAUGAACUACGGGAAUCGGGUGACUGGUCCCUGGGUAUUUGGGAUGGCAUGGCUUCACGGAGGUACACUGAUCAUGGAGAAUCAUCUAAAGGAACCUGGUCAGGCUUUGCAACGAGUAUCCAAGCCACCGCACUUGGUUGUUGUGGUGGAACGUAAACGCUCAGAGUAA